AUGGGCCCAAACUCAUCCACCAUUGGAGGCUUUGUUCCUGGCUUGCCAAACGACCCUUAUCCUGCUUGGAACGCUGACAACGAAGCUCCUGUCAAAUUAGAAGACAUUGAAGACAUAUUCAUCGAUCUAACAAACAAAUUCGGCUUUCAAAGAGACUCAAUGAGAAACAUCUUUGAUCAUCUAAUGAACCUUCUAGACUCAAGAGCCUCAAGAAUGUCCCCAUCUCAAGCCCUACUAUCCCUCCACGCCGAUUACAUCGGUGGUGAAUCUGCAAACUACAAAAGAUGGUUUUUCGCUGCUCACCUAGAUCUAGAUGACCAAGUAGGUUUUGCCAACGUCAAUAUCUCAAAGGUAUCCUCAAAAAACAAAAAAAAAUCUAAAUCCGCUAAACUAUUAGCCAAAAAUAACCUCAAAUCCUCAAACGACGCCAACUUCAACCCUUCCUCUGCCUCCGAUAACGUCUCCUCUCAAUCAGCCAUUGACUCGACCCUAACACAACUACAAGAUGAUAACUCCCUACUCGCUGCAAACUUUCGCUGGAACAAUGAAAUGAAUCAGCUAUCCUUUCUAGAAAAAAUUAAACAAUUAGCACUAUAUCUCCUUUUGUGGGGCGAAGCAAAUCAAGUCAGAUUCACCCCAGAAUGCCUUUGCUUCAUCUACAAAUCCGCCUACGACUAUCUAAGAUCUCCUGCUUGCCAAAAUACAUCUCAACCUGUACCUGAAGGCGAUUACCUCAACAGAGUCAUCACCCCAAUCUACAAAUUUCUUAGAGACCAAAUCUAUGAAGUAGUAGACGGAAGAUUUGUUAAAAGAGAACACGACCACAACAAAGUCAUCGGUUACGACGACGUCAACCAAUUGUUUUGGUAUCCCGAAGGUAUUGCCAAAAUCAUCCUCAAAGACGGUACAAGAUUGAUCGAUAUACCCCAAGACCAAAGAUACUUGCGUUUAGGCGAUGCUGAUUGGUCCAACGUCUUUUUCAAAACUUAUAAAGAAGUUAGAACUUGGUUCCACAUGGUAACAAAUUUCAACCGUAUCUGGAUCAUUCAUGGCUCAAUCUACUGGAUGUAUUGCGCUUUCAACUCCCCAACUUUAUACACAAAAAACUACGUUCAAUUGGUCAACAAUGAACCAGUUCCAACUUUUAGAUGGGCUAGCACUGCGCUAGGUGGAACUGUCGCUUGUUUAAUCCAAAUUGCUGCCACCAUUUGCGAAUGGAUCUUUGUUCCUAGAAAUUGGGCCGGUGCUCAACAUCUUUCAAUAAGAUUUUUAUUCCUAUUGUUACUAACCGGCAUCAAUUUAGCUCCCUUUAUCUUCGUCGUCGUCUAUAACCCAAUCGAUACCUACUCAAAAAUUGCUCACAUCGUAUCUAUAAUUGAUUUCGCUAUCGCGGUUGCCACGAUUGUUUUUUUCUCAAUUAUGCCUCUUGGUGGCUUAUUCACCUCCUAUAUGAAUCGCUCCUCAAGAAGAUUUGUAGCUUCACAAACUUUUACUGCUAACUUUUACAGACUACAAGGCAAGGAUAUGUGGAUGUCUUUCACUCUAUGGUUUGUCGUCUUUUUAGCAAAAUUCGUCGAAUCCUACUUCUUUCUAAUCUUAUCUUUAAGAGAUCCAAUUCGAAAUUUGGCUACAAUGCAUAUGCGAUGUACUGGUGAAGUUUGGUGGGAAAAUAAAUUGUGUACUUAUCAAUCUCAAAUUGUCCUAGGAAUGAUGUAUUUCACAGAUUUUAUUCUAUUUUUCUUAGAUACUUAUAUGUGGUACAUUGUUUGUUCUUGUGUAUUCUCCGUUGGUCGUUCCUUCUAUUUAGGUAUCUCAAUUUUAACCCCUUGGAGAAAUAUUUUUUCAAGAUUACCAAAGAGAAUUUAUUCCAAAGUUUUAUCUACAACUGACAUGGAAAUCAAAUAUAAACCAAAAGUUCUUAUUUCUCAAAUUUGGAACGCCAUCGUUAUCUCAAUGUAUAGAGAACACUUGCUAGCUAUUGACCAUGUUCAAAGAUUAUUAUAUCACCAAGUUCCUUCCGAAAUUGAAGGUAAAAGAACUUUAAGAGCUCCCGCUUUUUUUAUUUCACAAGACAAAGAUAAUAUUGAAAACCAAUUCUAUCCAAAAGAUUCAGAAGCGGAAAGAAGAAUCACUUUUUUUGCUCAGUCUUUAGGAACUCCAAUGCCAGAACCCUUGCCAGUUGAAAAUAUGCCAACUUUUACUGUUUUUACUCCUCAUUAUUCUGAAAAAAUUUUACUAUCUUUAAGAGAAAUUAUUAGAGAAGAUGAUCAGUUUUCAAGAGUUACUUUAUUGGAAUAUUUAAAACAGUUACACCCCGUUGAAUGGGAUUGUUUUGUUAAAGACACUAAAAUCUUAUCUGAAGAAACCGCUUCUUAUGAGGAAAUUCCCAAGUCUGAAAAAGAGGAUAAUGAUACUCUAAAAACAAAAAUUGACGAUUUACCCUUCUAUUGUAUCGGUUUCAAAAGUGCUGCUCCCGAGUAUACUUUGAGAACUAGAAUCUGGGCUUCAUUAAGAGCACAAACUUUAUAUCGUACGGUCUCGGGUAUGAUGAAUUAUGCUAGAGCUAUCAAGUUACUUUAUAGAGUUGAAAAUCCUGAAAUCGUUCAAUUAUAUGGCGCUAAUACCGAAGGUCUUGAAAGAGAAUUGGAAAGAAUGGCUAGAAGAAAGUUCAAAUUUGUUGUAAGUAUGCAAAGAUUGGCAAAAUUUAAACCCGAUGAAGCUGAAAAUGCAGAGUUUUUGUUACGUGCUUACCCAGAUUUACAAAUUGCUUAUCUAGAUGAAGAACCACCACUUGAAGAAGGAAAAGAUCCAAGAAUUUAUUCCGCUAUUAUUGAUGGUCAUUGUGAAUUGAUGGAAAAUGGAAGACGUAGACCUAAAUUUAGAAUCCAACUUUCAGGAAACCCAAUUAUCGGUGACGGUAAGUCCGAUAAUCAAAAUCAUGCUCUCAUUUUUCAUCGUGGUGAAUAUAUCCAAUUAAUCGAUGCUAAUCAAGACAACUAUCUUGAAGAAUGUCUUAAAAUUAGAUCGGUUCUUGCUGAAUUUGAAGAAUUGUCUCCUGACCAAGUUAAUCCCUAUGCCCCUGAAUUGAAAUAUGAAGAUAAGAAAUUCCAUCCAGUUGCCAUUGUCGGUGCUAGAGAAUAUAUUUUCUCAGAAAACACCGGUAUUCUUGGUGAUGUUGCAGCUGGUAAAGAACAAACUUUCGGUACUCUUUUCCAUAGAGUUCUUGCUCAAAUUGGUGGUAAAUUACAUUACGGUCAUCCCGAUUUUCUUAAUUCUACAUUUAUGUGUACUCGAGGUGGUGUUUCCAAAGCUCAAAAGGGUUUGCAUCUUAAUGAAGAUAUCUAUGCUGGUAUGAAUGCCAUGUUGCGUGGUGGAAGGAUCAAGCAUUGUGAUUAUUUUCAAUGUGGUAAAGGUAGAGAUAUGGGUUUUGGAUCAAUUCUUAAUUUUACAACAAAGAUUGGUGCUGGUAUGGGUGAACAAAUGUUAUCCCGUGAAUAUUAUUAUCUUGGAACUCAAUUGCCGAUUGAUCGUUUCCUAUCAUUUUACUAUGCUCACCCUGGUUUUCAUGUUAAUAAUUUGUUUAUUCAACUUUCUUUGCAGUGCUUUAUGUUAACCUUAAUUAAUUUGAAUGCGUUGGCUCAUGAAUCAAUCAUUUGUAUAUAUGAUAAAAAUACUCCAGUAACUGAUCUACAAAUCCCUAGGGGUUGUUACAACUUAAUGCCUGCAAUUGAUUGGGUUAGACGUUACACACUCUCUAUUUUUAUUGUUUUCUGGAUUUCUUUUAUUCCUCUAUUUGUUCAAGAAUUGGUUGAAAAGGGCGUUUGGAAGACAAUUGUUAGAUUAUUGCAUCACUUUUGUUCUUUGUCUCCAAUGUUCGAGGUCUUUGUUGCUCAAAUCUAUGCUUCAUCAAUUUCCUCUGAUUUAACGGUUGGCGGUGCUCGUUAUAUUGCAACAGGUCGUGGUUUUGCUACUUCUCGUAUUCCAUUUUCUGUUUUAUAUUCCCGUUUUGCCCAAUCAUCAAUUUACAUGGGUGCAAGAUUGUUGUUUAUGUUGUUGGCAGCAAGUGCUGCCUAUUUUCAACCAGCUUUAUUAUGGUUCUGGGCUUCAUUGUUUUCACUUAUACUACCACCAUUUGUAUUCAAUCCUCAUCAAUUUUCCUGGAAAGAAUUUUUUAUAGAUUACCGUGAUUAUAUUAGGUGGCUAUCAAGAGGAAAUGGUAAAUGGCACAAAAAUUCAUGGGUGGGCUAUGUUAAGAUGUCUAGAUCCAGAAUUACUGGUUUCAAGCGUAAGGUUUUAGGUGAGCCAUCUGAAAAGGCUGCUGGUGAUGCUCCAAGAGCACAUCGUUCUAAUAUUUUAACUUCCGAUCUUGUUCCUACAUGUAUGUAUGCAGGAGGUGUUUUCAUUGCUUAUACAUUUAUUAAUGCUCAAACUGGUGUUAAUGGUGGAGAUGCUAGUCCAGUUAACUCUGCAUUACGUGUGAUUAUUUGUGCUUUUGCUCCUGUUGUUAUUAAUAUUAUUGUGUUGCUUGGAUGCUCAACAAUGGCCUGCUGUGCUAGUCCAUUAUUAGGUGCUUGUUGCACAAGAACCGGACCAGUAAUGGCAUGUAUUGUUCAUGGAAUAUCUGUUAUUAUUCAUUUUAUUUUUUUUGUUAUUAUGUGGAUAUUGCAAGGUUUUAGUUUUGCUAAAAUGACUCUUGGAAUUAUAUGCAUGAUCUAUUUUCAAAGAGUUCUUUUUAAAUUUAUGACAAUAGCAUUUUUAACUAGGGAGUUUAAACAUGACCACUCCAAUUCUGCAUUUUGGACAGGUAAAUGGCAUGGUGCUGCUAAUACUCAACCAUUUCGUGAAUUUUGUGCUAAGAUAAUUGAGCAAUCUGAAUUUGCAGCUGAUUUUAUUCUUGGGCAUAUGAUUUUGUUUGUUCAGUUACCUAUCCUAUUGGUACCUUUUGCAGAUAGAUGGCACUCAAUGAUGUUAUUUUGGUUAAAACCAAGCAAACAAAUUAGACCACCUAUUUAUUCGUUGAAACAAGCCAAAUUACGAAAACGGAUAGUUAGAAGAUACUCUUUGCUUUACUUUUUAAUAUUAGCAGUGUUUGCUAUAUUGAUUGUGGCUCCAAGUGUCGCUUCUACAAAGGUUAGUGACAAUUUUGGUCAAGAUUUAAGUGGCGAACUUAAGGCAUUAAUUCAACCAAGAAAACAAGAAAAUAAUGAUACUGGUGCAUCAGCUCCGAGAUCUUUUUUUACAACAACUCCAUCUAUGUCUACAUGGUCCACAAUUGCAUGA